AUGGCUUCAAGUGGAAAUGCUGACGCACAACAGUAUACACGUGUAUCAGAUAUUGUCAAAGAACCGCAAAAAAUGCUCAUGCCAAUUCGAGGAUACGAAGAAAUGCCAAUAGUGCCAUUGGAGGAAGCUGUUGCACCACUUGUUUCCAUUUUACCUCAGAUUCAAGACUAUGCUUAUGUUGCGAAGCAACGAUGUGAAUCUGUACCUCCGGAUGAUUUAACACAGGAUGAAUCAGCUUCAAUCAUGCUUUACUCAAUGGAAUGGGAACCACAUGAAAAAUGUUUAUAUUUUGCCCUGAAUGCAACUCUUCGUACCGAAGAUAGGCGAAAAUUAAAACCAUGGUUUUCGUAUUUGAAACUUAUUCUUACAGCACUUGAAAAAUUACCAUCCACACGAUGCUAUGUAUUUCGCGGAGUGAAUUUAAAUUUAAGUGAACAAUAUACUGAAGGAAGAACAUUUGUCUGGUGGGGAUUUUCUUCAUGUACAACAUCGAUGGGAGUACUUGAAAACGAACAAUUUUUAGGCAAAACUGGCGAAAGAACAAUGUUUAAUAUCGAAUGUGAUAGUGGCAAAGAUAUCAGUCGUCAUUCGUAUUUUCAAUCGGAGAAAGAAGUUCUUCUUCUAGCAGCUCGACAAUUUGAAGUAGUAUCUUGUCUUCGACCAGCACUAGGCCUUUAUAUGAUUCAAUUAAAAGAAACAAAGCCUCCAAUUACUCUUUUACAACCAGCUACGAAGCAGUCUGUGCAGAUUAAAUCAUCAUCAAUUAUUGAAGAGAAAAAUAUACCGCAAACAAUGACUACUUCAGUUCCACCGAAGGCUAACAACGACAAAGAUAGCGCUAGUUAUAUUACUAAGGAUUCACCAAAAUCAACAUACGAAAUUACAAAACCUGAUACAACACCAGAAAAACAACAAUUUGCGAAGCCUGAUGUCUAUAAGGCGCUUUAUUGUAAAGGUCGUCAUUGUACCAAGUGCGGUAGAUGUCGUGACUGGUAUUUUACUGGGGAUGCAGAAACUUGGAAAUGGAUCCGCAAUUACAAAAAUUGGACAGAAGAAGAUAAAAGUCGUUGGCUCCAUGAUCGCAUUAAGCAAGACUUCGAGCGUCAUGAUAGUGGUACCUGUAGUAGUUUUGUUGAUGCUGAUUUUGGUCGUGUUAUUAGUCAUUUUUUUAUUCAUGAUAUUUGUGUGUGCGAUGAAAAUAUUGUUAUAUGA